AUGUCUUCCGUUGGAGCUAUCGAGCCCAGCGAGGAAGAGUCGAUGGCUGGCGAUAACCCAAAAUCCAGCGAAGCUCAUGUCGCUGCAAGGCGUCCCAGCGCAUCUGAGUCUGCUGAUGCGCAUGCUGCGGCCGCCCUCCAGGCGCGUCGCGCGGUCGCUGACAACCCCGCUCUCCUUUCGCCACCUCUCUCUACCCCUCGCACUCCCGACUCUGAAGCCGUGUCUCCCGGCAACAUCUCUGUCAAGGAGCUAGCCACCCCGCUCAGCGAAAUGCAGCGCCCAGACAUGCAGCGUCCUCCCACCCAGGAUUCUGUCGCCCCGCAGGCAGGAUCUGCCGGCACUCCAGAAUUGAUUCCCGAGUCAGCCUUCCUUCCCGGCGCCAAGUUCCGCCCUUUGCCCGCGGAGGCCCAGGGUGCUAUGAACAUCCCACCUCCUUCGUCUGCGCCAAUGUCGCGAAACGUCAGCGAGAAUGGAACGCGUCAAAACCGCUCUCAAUCGACCAGCAGUCAAAAGAAAGGCUUCUUGGCCAAGAUGUUCCACCACGACUCCAAGGUCGAGAAAAUGACCCCUGCGAACGGGUCGCCGCCAAUGACUCCCAACGCCACUGACUCUGAUCAGUCGCGACCGCCCUCGCGCGCUCCCAGCUUCAAGCGAACCAAAGAGGAGCCACCUGCGCCUGACAAGCUCGAGCGUCGGCCCUCUGGUAUCCAGAGACGGUUGUCUGAGCGUACCACGUCGCACGGUUCGACUGGCGCUGGUGCCAUUGCUGCUGUUCCAGAGGCUGCCCCGUCGAAAUUCACCCUCAAGGAUCUCAUCGGCGGUGGCAAGGACGGUAAGCUAUCGCGCCGUGGCUCCGAGAAGGGUUCCGCACGUGGGUCGGACCGUGGCUCUACCAAGGGCAGCGAAGCUGGUGGCGAGAAUGCCAGCACGGCCUCCCUGCUCAAAAAGUACGGCAUCGGCGACCGCGCUGCCAUUGGCAAGGGUGCGACUGCGGUCGUGCGCCUCGCCCACAAGUGGGACCGGCGCGAGGAGAAGCUGUAUGCCGUGAAGGAGUUCCGCAAGCGGCGCAAGAAUGAGACUGAGAAGGAUUACGUCAAGAAACUCACAUCCGAGUUUUGCAUUUCUUCCACCCUUCAUCACAUCAACAUUGUCGAAACCGUGGACCUCGUACAGGACGAACAGCAGCAUUGGUGCGAGGUCAUGGAGUAUUGCCCCGGUGGCGAUCUCUACGCAGCAAUCAAGAAGGGCGGCAUGUCUUCCGCAGAGGUCGAGUGCACAUUCAAGCAGACGCUGCACGGCAUUCAAUACCUGCACUCUAUGGGUGUAGCACAUCGCGACAUCAAGCCUGAGAACCUUCUCCUCGACGGCCGUGGCCACGUCAAGAUCACCGACUUCGGCGUGUCUGACGUCUUCCGCAUGUGUUGGGAGAAGAAGACACAUCUCAGCAAGGGUCUCUGCGGCUCGGAGCCUUAUAUCGCUCCGGAGUUGUUCGAGAUGAAGGAAUACGAUGCUCGCCUCGUCGACGUCUGGGCCGCGGCAGUCGUGUUUUACUGCAUGCAGUUCCAGGAGCUCCCUUGGCGUGUCGCCAAACCUACCGAUGCGACCUAUGCGACGUACACGUCGCAGUACUAUCCGUCAGGUGCCAGGCCCGAAGGCGCCCCUGCCUGCCCCGCGCCUUUGAAUAACCUGGUUCCUCGCGAGUGCAGGCACGUCAUCAAGCACAUGCUUGACCCCGACCCCAAGACAAGGUGGACCGUCGACGAGGCGCUCAAGGACAAAUGGUUGCAGUCCGUCGAGGUCUGUGUCGAGGGCCAAAAGAACAACCAUUCGCAUACCACCGUUCCCUUGGACGUUGUCCGUGUUACGGACAAGUGA